CCGCACGCCCCCUUGGCCCGGACCCUCUAGGUUUCCACCGCCGCCGCCUCCCUCUACUCCUCGCUCUCGGCCACGCUCCGCCUCCUUUCCUCCACCGUCCUCCGCGCCGCCUCGCCGCCUCGCCGGACCUCCGCCGCCUCCUCCUCCGGAGCUACAUAGAGGUUUGAUUGAGCGAGAUGGGGUUGAGGGACAAGAAGAGGAACCAGAGGCGCGUGCUCUCGCGCCGCUCGGCCGGCCCCAAGACCGGCGAGGGCAAGGAUUUCCUGCCGCUGGAGGGGAAAGAGCAGAGGGUCCGGGAGAAGAAGCAGCCCGAGGAGCCGGAGAGCACGGCCACCGUCCUGUACAUCGGCCACAUCCCCCACGGUUUCUACGAGGACCAGAUGCAAGGUUUCUUUCAGCAGUUUGGGGCUGUUAAGAGGGUCAGGGUUGCCCGGAACCGCAAGACAGGGAAGUCCAAGCAUUAUGGAUUCAUUGAGUUUGAGAACCCUGAGGUGGCGAAGAUUGUGGCUGAUGAGAUGAAUAACUACCUGUUGUUUGAGCACACUCUGCAAAUUGAGCCUGUCCCACCGGAGAAAGUUCAUGCCAAAUUAUGGAAAGGUGUGCGGAAGGGAUUUAUACCAGUUGACCGAGUAGCAAUUGAACGGAAGCGGCUUAGUAAGGAUAAAACAGUAGAAGAGCACAAGAAGAUGCUCGAAGGAAUUGUAAAGCGGGACGAGAAGCGUCGCAAAAGAAUCAAGGCUGCUGGUAUCGAUUACGAGUGUCCGGCCCUUAUCGGAAGCGUUCAGCCUUCAGCUAAGAAGAUCAAGUUUGAUGAGGAUUAGCUAUAGAGAAGGCAGAUGGAUCUUUAUCCGGUGGGAGUGACGGGACUCUGCUGAGUUAACCUGGCUGGUCUAUUUUAGUGGGGAUGAGAUGGUGGUUUCGUACUUUGGUUUUGUAUCUCUCUUUGGUCGAUGUUAUGUAAGUUAAAUGAUGACUGGUUUAUGUUGGUGAAGAAGCAUCAAGCUGUGGUGGAAAAUUAAUGAACUCGCUUUCUUUCC